AUGGACUCUCCCAUCGUGGCGCAUCUCUUCCGCCAGCUGUUCCGCCACCGGCCUCGCGGCUGCCAGGGCCUGCGCAAUGGCCUCGCCCGCAGCAGCCACCGCCAGCCGACCCGCGGCCUCGCGACGAGACCCUCCAUCGACCGCGGCAUGAAGACCAACGAGAGCCGCUGGCAGCAGAGGACGCACAUCUUGCCCGAGGACCGGAGGGAGGAGUUUGCCGAGUAUCCGUACAUCUCGCUGCAGGAGCUCAAGACGAGGACGGAGCGGCCGCGGAGGGAAGCCGUCAUCUUCAGCCCCGGCGAGCCCUUCGACUUCAAUUCCAUGCGCGACGAGCUCGAGUUCCAGGCCGAGCUCGGCAGGCGAUACACCGAGUUCGAGGACCUGCUCGACGAGAGAGACGGCGAGAGUCCCACGAGGCAGCUGUGGCACACGCCGACAGAGCUCUUCCGGCCGCACUACGGCGAGGCCAUUGCGCGGUACCUCGUGUCCAACUACCGGCUGACGACGUAUCCCUACGACGACCUGCUCAUCUUCGAGAUGGGCGCCGGCAGGGGCACCCUCAUGCUCAACAUCCUCGACUACAUCCGCGCCGCCGACCCGCAGGUCUACGCCCGCACAAAGUUCAACAUUAUCGAGAUCUCGUCGUCGCUCGCCGCCCUGCAGAGCCAACACCUGCUCUCCACGGCCGAGUCCCGCGGCCACGCCGACAAGGUCGAGAUUGUCAACCGCUCCAUCUUCGACUGGGACCGCUACGUGCCCUCGCCGUGCUUCUUCCUCGCCAUGGAGGUCUUUGACAACUUCUCCCACGACGGCAUCCGCUACGACGUCCUCACCGAGGAGCCCCUGCAGGGCCACGUCCUCAUCGACGGCGACGGCGACUUUUACGAGUUUUACGUCCACGAGCUCGAUCCCCUCGCCGCGCGCUUCUUCCGCGUCCGCCACGCCGCCACCGGCGGCAACUACCCCAAGCCGUAUCCCUCCAACCCGCUCCUGCGCUACCUGUCCACCAAGAUGCCCUUUGCCGCCAACCUCUCCGAGGCCGAGUUCAUCCCCACGAGGCUCAUGCAGUUCUUUGACGUGCUGGAAAAGUACUUUCCCGCCCACCGCCUGCUCACCUCGGAUUUCGAUUCCCUGCCCCAGGCCAUCAAGGGCCUCAACGCACCCGUAGUGCAGACGCGCUUCCAGCGGAAAAUGGUGCCCGUCACCACUCCCCUCGUCCACCAAGGCUACUUUGACAUCCUCUUCCCCACAGACUUCCACAUCACAGAAGCCAUCUACCGCGCCAUCACGGGCAAAUUGACCCGCGUCAUGUCCCACGGCGACUUCAUGCGCCGCUGGGCGUACGUUGAAGACACGGAGACGAGGAGCGGUGAGAAUCCGCUGCUGUCGCAUUAUCGAAACGCCAGUGUCAUGGUUACUGUAUGA